AUGACUCGUUCAACGGCUGAAUUCGUUGCAAAUAAGAUUGGCUCCUUCAUGGAUGUUCAGACAAAUGCACAAGGGAAUUGCUGGGGUAUCUCUAUACGAGUUAAGGUUCUGAUUGACAUCACCAAGCCGAUUCCAAAGAUGCUAGAAGUUGAGUUCAACGAUGAGCCCCUCACGUUGUACUUCCAGAAGAAAUCGCCGGCGUCCGGCCGACUCAGAUCAGCUGCUGAAGCAAAAUUUCGACUGAAAUCUCCCAACCAACACCCUAACUCCACCACAAUCAGAAUCCAUUCCCAAACAGAAUCCCCCCAUAUCCGCCCAGAUCCUACAAAGCAAUCCAACCUAACUAUCCAAAUCCAAACAACUUCAAAUCCUAUCUAG